AUGUCUGCCUCGCGGUACCCCGACAAUGGCAGAUACCCACGCGACAGAUCUCCACCCUACCGGGAUCGAAGACCAUCCGCCUUUGGAGGCGGCGGAGGAUACCCCCCAAGAGGUAAUGAAACCUUUCGCCCAAAUGCAGAGCCAGCCAGCUUCCCACGCGAAAUCCCCAAAGGCCCCAAAUCACUGGCCGAUGCGCCACGUGGUCCACCAGCUGGGCCACCCUCAGGCGCAUCCCCAGCUCCACGUGAUGAAAGAGCCCGAGGUUUCGCUGGACGCGGUGAGGCAACUCCACUGCGAACCGCGCCUCCACUUAGCAGCGGGCCCGGAUUCUCACACAACUCUCAAAACUCGUGGAGAGCAGACCGCGACCGAGAUCGCGACUUUGAUCGGCGUGAGAGAAGACCAACUCCACCCCGCCGGUCGCCCAUUCGAGAUUCUAGGGAUCUGCGCGACCAGAGAGACUUUGCACCGCGUGACCUGGAUGUCAACCGCGCUCGACGCAAUUCACGAGACGGCCCUCUCUCGGCAGGUUCAACGUAUUCGGACCCCCCUCCUCUUGGUACAGCAUCAUCCUACCGUGGUGGAGGCAUAGGCCGAGGCCGAGGUGGGUUUGCAGGACGCGGUAGGAAUUUCCAUGGUGAUGAUCGGGACCGACAUCACGAUCCACGUGACCGGAUACCAGAACGUACAUCGUAUCGCCCCAGAAGCCGGACUCCUCCUAGACGCCAAGAACGGGAUAUUCGAGAAGAACGCGACUUUGACCGAAGAGACCGUGAUGACCGGAGGUUUCCCCGAGAGUAUGAUUCUUACAUUGGUCCUGCAGGUACUGCAAAACCCGGAUUGCGCGCACUAGACACCCACCGUGGACCAGGUUCUUCCGACCUAAGGCAUCUUCCAGGCACACCUACAGGACCAACGCCUCACUCUUCUCAUCAUGCAUCUCCGUCUGAUAGGUUGGGCUCGCAGGGAGAUUCAUAUCCAAGACGGCCUUCUCUUGCCAUUGAUCCGCUCUCUGCCAAGGAUGUCCGUCGGGAACCUGGUAAGGACGAGGCCCUGUUAGCCAGCCGUGCAGAAGCAUCGAGGGAACGAUAUGCUCCGCGAGCAUCGUCACCUCCCGCUUCGAUCCCGGCAUUUGGUGGGUCUAAUGUGUGGAGAGCACCCGUCACUGAUAUCAAACCAAGCACUGCUCCAGUACCACCGCCCAAACCUGCCCAACCUGCUCCAGCACCCUCCGCGGCUCCUCCAACUCCUUCAGUUCCCAUAACCCCUGCUGUUUCAUCUGGACCUGCUGCUUCGACUGCGCCUGUUGUUCCCACAACGCCCGCAAAAACACCCACAGUUCCUACUGCUCCCAAAUCCGCUAUCCCCUCUGGCCUUGCCACCGCCCCGCCUACUGGGCCCAAGGCCGAUCGUGCACCGGAUCGCCCUCCGCUUAAUGAUGCACCCAAUCUAGAGAGCAGGCCUGGCCCUCCACCUCCUCCACUUCCGCCUCCCCAGCGGAUGGAGCCACCCGCUAUUCCGCCUGCCACUGUUGCAUCCCAUGCCAAUGACGCACUCAGCUCGGACACCGUAGCUGUCAAGGGUCCUGUAACGCCACAAAUGCCUACGCCACCCAAAGGUCCUUCGAACAUACCAUCUGCUCCUCCAACAGCACCAACGGCCCCAUCAAACACGGCAAAAUCUCCGCCCCAGGGCCCAGCCCCGAGGCCACGCGCGCCGCCAACCGCUCCCCAAGCUGCCCUGAGAGCCAAUGUUUCGCCCUCAUUCUCGAGAGCCACCCUUCCACCAUACGCCCCUCGGGAUGCAUCUCCCAACGCUGCUCCUUCCACAUUUGGACCCCGCGUUGGUAGCGGAAGUGGGCCUGUAAUGAGUACUUCUCCCAAGAGCCUCCCAGCGAAUAUCCCGACUGGUCCAAAAGCCGACAGAACACCAAUGGCUCCUCGGCCGCCUCCACCAUACAAUCAAGCUGAUAGAUCUGGGUUCCCGCUGGCCAGGGGCCCUUUGAGCGGAGGUCCGAAGAGCAUGCAGUGGGUGCGGCCUGGGUUCACAUCGAGCCGGCCAUCGAUUCCAACCAAGCGCGAGUUUCCCACAGAAGAUCGUGAGCGAUCGUUUGGAAAUGCUCCUAAAGCACCGAGGCUUGAAAACAGUGUUUCCGCUACGCAACCACAGCGGACGUCACAGGCAAAAUCAGUGUCACCUUCGUUUUCUAGAGUGUCGACUGAUGCCGAACGGCCUAGAGAACGAGCCUUGUCAGCAGAACGGCCAGUCAUGCCUUCGCCUAAACCCACACCGAUCGAAACCAGACGCUAUUCCGAUGUCGUCAUGGCAGAGGCGUCGCCUCAAAUGGCCAAGCCGCCAAUGUCUGCUGCAUCAUCCGCGCCGGAAGCUCUGCAAGACUCUGACGACGAUUUGGAUCUAGACGAAGAGGACUUUGCUGAGUCGGAAGCGAAAUACAACCGAGAGCGGGCUCGUUUGGAGGCCAAGCGUGUGGAUUUGAGUGCUUCACACUUGCGCGCCCUGACGCCUUUGCAAGAAAUUGCUUUGCUAUCUUGCCUAACUGUCGAUCAUCUUCCACAGGCACGGCCUGAACUGGCAUCUGCAGAAGAGAUGGGUACACCUUUGCCUCAAGAAGAAUCGGUUUCAUUGUCUGCCAAGACAGUGCCUGACAUGCUGUCAGCUCCUCAGCCGCCACCAGACAGUACUACAGCAGAUCUACCAACGCCUAGGGCUGAAGACUCUGAAGACGUCGAAAUGGAAGACAAGGAAGAGGUUGAAGAAAGAUCAACAGCACCUGCUACUAUGGCACUACGCCUUCGCCGGGAGACUUCUGCUGAUCAAGAGACUCUUCCUGACUUGAGUUCGCUACCCUACCUUGGUUCUGGCCCUCCCACACCUUUAUCCGACAUUGGACAAGAUCAUCCCGCCUUACCAGAAUCUGUCAUGGAUGUUAUUCGGAGCAAAUUACGCAAGAGCAUCGAGCCAGAAACGAGCAUUGAUCAGACCCUUCGACGAUAUGCUGCUGUAUACAAAGAGUGGCGACUGCAUAUUCGACCAUGGGACGAGGAGCGCGAGCAGGACGAAAAUGAUAGGCAACCGUCUGCGGAGCCGUUGCUAAAAGCUGUCACUCCUGAUGCGCAAAACGCUGCCAUGACCGGAAUACUUGACGGAUCUCUAGCACCUACAGGCCGAAGAAACCAUGCGAGCCGGUGGGCUACUGAGCUGGAUCUCGAGGCUGUUAUCAAGGAGUCUUUGAAGACCGCCGAGGAAGAGAAGCUCGGAAAAAGAGACAAGGAACCGAGAAAGGCUAUGGCUGACCCUGAAAAAGAAGCAGACGUACCCCUGGAAUUGACCGAGGCUGAGGCCCAAAGGCGCAGAUUCAUUGAUUACAACUUCCAACGCGAACCCGGCCAAGGCAUCUUUGUGUUCCACUACGAGCCACCAGAGGAUGACUUCACACCUGAAGAGCAUCGAGUCAUGGUAUACAACUACAAGGACCAAUAUGCCAAGAAAUGGGGCAAGCUGGCUGAGGUCUUGUACAAGGAAGUUGGAACUGAGCGCACCUACAAAGACUGUAUCAACCACUACUAUGCGACCAAGUGGGGCAGAGAGUACAAAGGCAAAUUGCGGAAACCGCGUGUGUCUAGAAAACGUGGUGGAGGUGUCAGCCGGGGCCGUAGUGCUAUUGCCAACAUGGAUCGAACUGAAGUGCAAGGCGAGGAUGGACAACCCUUGCCUGUCACUGAAACUGGCCGCCCCAGACGCUCUGCUGCACCAACAUUUGGUCCCACAGAGACAGAUUUUGAUCCAACUUCCGGAAAUGUCACUCCAGCCCGGGCCCGCAGGCAGACUGACACGGACGGCUCGCAAGAGAAGGCUGGAAGGCGAGGAAAGCCCUCAAAGGAAAAGCUUGGUCGCAAGCCAAAGAACCCGCCACUCGCUGCAGCCCCCGUGGGCUCUGUUGUCAAAACCGAUCGGAAAGAAAAGGCUUUCGGUGUCAAGAUGGAGGAUGAUGCGAAUAAACGACCGUUGGACGAGAUGCCCGUGCCCAUGCACGUUGUACCCAUGGAGGAGCAGGUAGUCAUGUCCAGUGAUUUGCAGCAACUCCCUGGUAUGCCGGGCAGCCUUAUGGAGCGUCCCAAGACUCAGCCUGGUGCAAGACCUGGGCCAUCAAGCUAUUGGUCGGUUUCAGAGUUACAGGACUUCGAUAAGAACGUUGCACACUUUGGCACGGACUGGAUUGCAAUCGCGAACCAUAUGGGCACCAAGACGCACACUAUGAUAAAGAACCAAUACCUCCGCCUUGUUGAAAGCGGCAAACUGGACUUGGAACAAGUCGCAAAAGAGGCAGAUGCACGAAGGGAACGCGGCGAAGAUCUUGGCCCACCACCUACGCCAACUCCGGCACCCAAGAGACGAUAUGAGAGUACACAAGCGGCGCCAGUUCGCCCCAUUGCGCCUACGCCUGAACACGCUUCUCCGCCUCCGAACGCGCUUGCGCUACCCAAGGCAUCCCCACCGCAUCCUAAUCCCUCUUCGAGGUUUCCCAGUAUUGCCCAAGGGCCCAUGCAGAGCAAGCCACUGGUACCUAAUUCGGGAUUCCCUGCCCUACAGGAGACUAGCCUUGUGUCUCAACAGCAGCAGCAGCAGCAACAACAACAACAACAACAGCAGCAGCAGCAGCAGGCACAGCACCACCAUCACCACCAGCAUUCCAUGUCACAACAAAAGGCACAAUUGCAGGGGCCCCGAGCAGGGUAUUUCUCAGAUGACCUGCCGCCGCGUUUUGAGAGCCGGCCACCUUCGCAACCAUCAGGUAACCAGCAGUCACAUCGACCGUUACAGCAGCAUGUCACUCCUCAGCCACGUGUUCAAGAGCAUCACUCUCCUGUCUAUCGCGGCCUUCAUUAUCAGGAACGAGACGCUGUUGGCAGAUCUGAGCACCCACAAGAACAAGAGAUUCAACGCAGGAUCCAUGAGCAACAUGUUCGCCGGAUAUCCACAGAGGUGCCACAGCACAGGUCUUUUGCUUCCAGCGGCGCACCGCCAAUUAUGGGGCCAGUACGUUCAGGCUCGGUCUUGAGAUCCCCGGAACACCGUCCCUUGCCAUACUCGCACUCCCGGCAUCCAUCGCAGGUCCAAUCGCUCAACCAAACCACUGCCGAAGUAUUCUCUCCAGGAUCCAACACCAGUCACAUUGGGCAACAACUGCCGCCUCGCUCGACAAUCCUUACGCCACCUGUUAAAGAAGAGCCUAGGAACAUGACACCUUCUGCAAUGCCUCCAGCUCAGCCUCAACCAAUGCUCCAUUCGCAACUGCAGCACCCGCAGCGCAAUCAACCACCUAUGCACAAUACUCCACCACCCGUUGCACACAAACCCGCUCCUGAACCGCGCAAGUCGAAUCUCAUGUCUCUGCUAAACGACACCGAUCCAGAAGAGCCUAGACGUAAGAAGCCGAGCGAGCAAGGUCCGCCAUCGCACAGCUCUACCCCUCAACAGUCAGCGCCAGUCGCUCCUCCUCCCCCGACAACCCAGAGCUAUUCAUCAUCGUCAAGGCGCCCACUAUACGAAGACCCAAUUGCUGUGCAGCCUCCUUACAGCCGUUCAUCGUAUUCUCAACAAUCCUCGCUUCCCGCCGCAGCAUCGAGCAGACCCAUCGAUCUUCCAGAUGAUAAGCCGUCAGCAGGUAGGCCAAGCUUGCGUGAAAGCUGGUCAACUCGACAAUCGUAUCACCCAGGGAUGAGCCAGACUCCGCAGCUAACUUCUAUCCCGUCCUCGCAGUCUGGGCUGGCUCAAGCACCUCCUGCUAACGAGAGAAUGUUCAAUCAUCGGUCCGUCUUCGCUCAGCACAACACUCCGCGUCAAAAUGCAACCCCGCCUCCUCUUGCUGGAUACAGCAGUUCGUCAAAUCCGCAUUCGCGCGCUUCAAGUAUAAGCGGACCGCCAGGAUCAAUGUCCCGACAUGCUAUGCCUGGUACAAGUGCAGCGCAGCAUGUGCAGGCAAUGAACACGUCUGCGCAGUCUGCGCAAAUUCUGCAGCCCAACCCAUACGCUCAGGUGGAUCCACCAGGCAAUGGCGGACCCCCGUCUGGCCCAAUGGGUAUGCGUCCCAGCCCACGUCUGCAGGCAAAUCACGCUGUGCAGCAGAGAGAGCCAGCUGGACGCAACGAGCAUUCGCAGGCUUCGAAUGCAAACAUGUCGUAUUCCAACCCACAAACACCGAAUGAGCAUCAUGGACAACAUCCUUUCCAGGGUUUAAACAGAUUGACAGAACCGUAUCGCCCUCGCGAUCCUCGGGACGCUCACGAAAUAGACCAUCGACAACUAUCAGAUCGCGACACUAGCCAUGAGCUCUCUCAAAGAGCUGAUUACUUGCGCGAACAACAUUCCAGCUCCGCAAUGCGUUCGACAGGCCCGCCAAUGCAUGAAGAUUUGCGCUAUCAAUCUCAAGAUCGAGGUUAUCUCGGUCAGAGGUCCCAGACUCAAACUCCACUUUCAAGGUCGGAGCAUAGCCAGCCUCCACCUCUGCAACACCCACCUCACUCAUCACUUGGAGUGGCAAACCACUCGUUAUACGGCCAACGCCCUCCCCCCGAAGAGCCACCUCACCAUUUCAUGCGCAACCCUCGCGACCGAAGCAUGACUGAGCGUCUCCGAGAAGAGCAGGCACAGGCCCAGGCCCAACACCACGCAGCAAUGCAAAACCGCGACGAACACAUGCGACGAGAAGCCGAGCGAGACAUGCGCGAACGCAACAUGAGAGAGCGCGACAUGCGUGAACGUGAAGCCCGUGACGCGCACCACCACCGAGACAGCUUUAUCAGAGCUAGUCAUGCCAGAGGUGUGCCUCCUCCGCCAGCUGGUGCUGGUUCGGCACCGGGAUCACUGCCCGAUCAGCGCUUACCUCCUACGGGCGAUUGGGUCACGGGCGUGCCUAGACACCCUGGGGAUCGUGGGCCAUGGCAGCGGUAGAUGAUGAUUGAUGAGGGAUGCGUGUCAUAUGUCUCGCCUUUUUUU